ACCCUCACUCUAUCCGUGAAGGCGAGCCCGUUGCCCCUCCCAGCCAUCUCCGUCCCCACUCAGUGAGUGCUCUUCGCGCGCCACCGCCGCCGCACCCCAUCCCAUGGCCGCCGCCGCCGCCGCGGGGGCGACGCCAGCGACGGCCAGGAAGGCGCUGGUCACGAAAACUGCCACCCUCCUCUCCUCCUCGCUCGCGCGCAGCCGGCGCAGCCUCUCCUGCUCCGCGGCCGCUGCCUCCGCCGCCCCGCGCAUCGCGCCGCAGCCGCCGGACCUGCUCCGAUGGGUGCAGCGCGAGGGCGGAUUUGUACAUCCCGCCCUCCGCGUGGUCGACCAUCCCGAGCACGGCCUCGGGGUCUCCGCCGCUGCGGCCGAGGGGGACAUUCCCCCGGGCGACGUCCUCAUCGCCCUACCUGGCCGCCUCCCGCUACGACUCCGCCGUCCCGCCGCCGCUGCGGACGCAGUCCUCACGCAGCUAGCGGACCAAGUACCUGAGGAACUAUGGGCUAUGCGACUGGGCUUGAGUCUGCUUCAAGAAAGGGCAAAAUCUGAUUCUUUUUGGUGGCCAUAUAUUGCAAAUCUGCCAGAGACUUUUACUGUACCAAUUUUUUUUCCAGGGGAAGACAUAAAAAACUUGCAGUAUGCUCCUCUUCUCCACCAGGUGAAUAAAAGGUGUCGCUUCCUUCUUGAGUUUGAAAAGGAGGCGAAACAUAAGCUUAGUACAGUACCCUUGGAAGAUCAUCCGUUUUGUGGACAAGAUGUAAACUCAUCAUCCCUUGGAUGGGCUAUGUCGGCAGCAUCUUCUCGGGCAUUCCGUUUGCAUGGUGAAAUUCCGAUGCUGUUGCCUCUCAUUGAUAUGUGUAACCAUAGUUUUAACCCAAAUGCUAGGAUUGUCCAGGAAGGAAAUGUGGAUAGUACUGAUAUGUCAGUUAAGGUUGUUGCUGAGACUAAGAUUAAUCAAACUGCUGCGGUAACACUGAACUAUGGUUGCUACCACAAUGAUUUCUUCCUUCUUGAUUAUGGAUUUGUAAUAACAUCGAAUCCAUAUGACCAAGUGGAACUGAGCUACGAUGGAACUCUCCUAGAUGCUGCUAGCAUGGCAGCAGGAGUUUCCUCUCCCAACUUUUCAGCUCCAGCCAAGUGGCAACAGGAUAUUUUGUCGCAGCUAAACCUGUAUGGGGAGGGUGCUAUUCUAAAGGUCAGCAUAGGAGGUCCAGACAUAGUAGAUGGGCGCUUAUUGGCUGCUUUAAGGGUUAUUAUUGCAGCUGAUCCGGAGGCUGUGAGUGGUCAUGACCUCAAGAUUUUGAUGUCACUUAAGGAGAAAGCUCCAUUAGGCCCAGCUGUUGAAGCUUCAGCGCUCCGAACUCUCCUUGCACUUUGUACCUUUGCUCUCCAACACUUCCACACGAAGAUAAUGGAAGACGAGGCCAUACUAAAGGGAGAACCACCACUUACUACUGAACUAGCCGUGCAGUUUAGAUUGCAGAAGAAGCUGCUGCUCCUGGAUGUGAUACAGAAUCUUAGUCGCAGAAUCAAGAUGCUAUCUCUUGACAAAUCCACCGUGUAGGAUAUUCACGUUUUAAAAUUGCUUUUUCAGACAAUCAGUUACCCUACUGUACUGAUUUUGGAGAUGACAGUAAAGCCCCAAGUUUGAUCAUGUU